GCCUAAAAAAGGUCAUGACUAGAAUGUGUUAGCUUGAGUAACUCCCAGCAGCUCUUAUUUUGAAAGCUCCGACUAUGACGUCACCAAAAACCAGGAAGUACCGAGCGCAGCAGGAGCCGAGUGGUCUUGUUUGGCCUUAACUGGCAUGGCGGGGCUGCCGCUGCUGCUGAGGGCUCUCCGGGCAAUACACCCCCGGUUACCGUGCCCGCAUCGACCCCUCCCCUCCAGGGCUUCAUGCUGUCCCGUGAGGUUUCUGCGCACGAGCGCUGCGUUCUGCGCAGGUCACAACAAGUGGUCAAAGGUGAAACACAUCAAAGGACCCAAAGAUGAAGCGAGGGCACGGAUGUUUAUGAAGUUUGGCAUGAUGAUAAGAAUAGCAGUGAAGGAAGGAGGAUCAAACCCAGACCUGAAUGUAAACCUCGCUCACAUCCUGGAGCAGUGCAGGAGCAAGAACAUGCCCAAAGCAUCCAUAGAGGCAGCAGUCAAGAGUGCAGAAAAGGCAAAGCCGGCUUCACUGCACAUGUUUGAAGCUCGAGGGCCUGGUGGAUGUGUGCUGCUCGUCGAGGUGCUGACCGACAACAACACACGCACCGGUCAGGAAAUCAAACGGCUGCUGAACAAAAACGGGGGGGUGCUGUCUGAAGGCAGUCGUCAUAACUUCAGUCGCAGUGGAGUGGUGGUGCUGCCGGGUCACGACAUCAACUCGGAGAAAGCCCUCGAGCUCGCCAUCGAAUCGGGAGCGGCAGACGUGCAAGAGACUGAGGAUGAGGAGGAGAAACCACUUCUGAAGUUUAUCUGUGAUGUGCCGGACCUGCACAAAGUGCGAGUUUCCCUGGAGAAGCUGGGAAUGCCGGUCACAUCAUCCGGCUUGGAGUUCGUUCCCCAUAACUACUCGUCUCUGGAUGAGGAGCAGCUGGAAGCGGCAUCAGCUCUUAUAGAAGCUCUCAAUGACUGUCCAGAUGUGGUCCGAGUGUGGGACAACAUCAAGACCGACAGCUGAGAGCCUCUCUCUCACGGACGCUGGGAUUCCCACAUGUGGAUAUAAUGGAGAAACAUCGAUACCUUAAAUUAAUAAAAGUCGCAAGAGAGAAAAAUGCACCGUGCUAUGGUUUUAAUGCCAAAUCUGCACAAAUGGAAGUUAUUUUGAUCUGUAAAGUGGUGUUUUAAAGGCAGUUUCAAGAAGAGAAAAAUAAAAAGUCAUCAUUUUGUUGA